CUCUUGGAGCCUGAGGUCAAAGCCUUUCCCUGCUUGAAUAUGGCUAUCUGUCACAAGUGUCCAGAUCAGGAUGAUUCUUUAGAAGAGGAUACAAUGAAUCUCUACUCACCACCCACCCUCCUGCAGCUGGCAAGACAGAAGCUACUGAGGGAGGAAGCCUUGACAAUUUUUGCCCUUGAGGACCUACCCAAGGAGUUGUUACCAGAGAUGUUUAAGGAGGCCUUCACUGAUGGAAAGACAAAGAUCUUAAGGGCCAUGAUACCUGUGUGGCCCUUCCCAUGCCUUCCUGUAGGAACACUGAUAAAAGACUCCAACCUUGACCUUUUGAAGGCUGUACUUGAGGGACUAGAUAUACUGCUUGCACAAAAGCUUCGCUCCAGUCGGUGCAAACUCAGAGUGCUCAAUUUGAGGAAUGAGCACCAUGAAUUUUGGAAGAUAUGGGCUGGAUCCCACGAAGGUGAAUGCUUACCACAGUUCAUGACACAGAAGCAGCCAGUGAAGAACAGUCCUGACUGUGGAGUGAAGAAACAUUUGAAGGUGACAACUGACUUCAAACUCAUGGAGGGCAGACUUGAUGAAUCUGCUACAUACUUGUUGCAGUGGGCCCAACAGAGAAAAGAUUCCGUUCAUGUAUGCUGUAGAAAUCUGCAGAUUCAGGGCUUAUGCAUAGCCACAUUAAUAGAAACCUUCAAAAGUAUAGAUCCGUACUGUCUGCAGGAGCUGGAGCUAAAACGUAUCUGGGUAGACGACUUGAAAUUUCUUAUUCCCUACAUAAGACAGAUGAAAAAUCUUCUUACGCUCAUUCUAACUGACUUCACAGAGAUCAUCACUCUGGAUGGUAAUGAGGAGCUUGAUGAGAAAGAAAUGAGCAGGUUUAUUUCUCAACUUCCCUCAUUCUACUGUCUCCAGAAUCUCCAUCUAAAUAUCCUCUUUGUAGACAAGAUUCUGAAAGAAUGCCUCAGGUGCCUGAAGAAUCCUUUGGAGACCCUGUGCGUCACUUAUUGUAACCUCUCACAGACUGACUUGGAUUACCUGCCCGACUGCCUGAAUAUUUGUAAGCUCAAACAUCUGAACCUGAGUUCUGUAUAUUUAUGUACUUUAUCCCCUGAGCCUCUUGGGGUUCUCCUUGAAAGAGUUAGGGAUACCUUGCAGUCCCUGGAAUUACAGUCAUGUGGGAUGACAGACCGUCAUUUCAGUGCCCUCCUGCCUGGCCUAAGCCAAUGCUUCCACCUAACAAAGAUCAAUUUCCAUGGAAAUAAACUCUCUCUACCUGCUCUGAAACAACUUCUAGAGCACACAGCCAACCUGAGGCUGCUGAGUCAGGAACAGUACCCUGCUCCUCAGGAGUGCUAUGAUAACAUGCAUAGAGUUAUAACACACAGAUUAGAAAAUUUUGGCCCUGAGCUUCUGGAUAUACUAAGGGCCAAAAGACAGCCCAAGAGAAUCAUCUUUUCUACGUUGCGAUGCAUUAAAUGUAAUGGCUUCUUUGUCUAUGGUCUGGAGACCCAACAUUGCCUUUUCCAGCACUAAAUAGGGUAAGGUUGAUUGUGAAACUGAGAAAUGGAAGCUUAGUACUGGCGGUUGAAGAAAUCCUAAGUGAAUGUCUCUUGCUGAGAGGAGCAUGGAUAUGUCAAGCAUCUCAAGGUCUCAGACUUACUAGAAAGUCAAGGUCUUCUUCUGAACUGGAAAGUGGAUGUUGCAGCUGAGGAAAAUAUCAAGCAUUCUUUCCUUCUCUAGGAUUGUUGUAGUUUGAGAGUGUUACAAUAGAGGCACCCUUCCACGAAGAGCUUGUUCCCCUAUGUUGAUUGCAAACAAUAAAUAUGAUAACUUU